CACUCUUGUUUGUACUCCGAAGAGCAAUCCGCAAUAUGAGCGUGAAGUUGAGGGCGCUCACUCUUGCUGUUAUCAGCUAUCUGAACUGCAGUUUACCACCAUGUUCUCAAAAGCCGUCAAAAGCCUGCAAUUCGUCUUCUACUCUGCUCUGACUUCUGUGGCUCCGUUCGACUUCCAUACUAUCCCUCCCAAGAACACUCUCAUUUUUGAGCCCAACGCUAUCACUAGGAAAGAUAGAAAAUCUCAGACUGCUCGCUAUUAUCUCAGCUCUGUUGCCCAGCACUGUCCCCACGGGGCUGGAGAGGCGGUCGUCAAGAAGAUGGAGCUCAUGAAGUCCUCGUGGAUUCCAAACCACGAGUUUCUCCUCUUCUACGUUAAGGACCGCCGGAAUAUCUAUGGCAGGGAGGCUGUUAUUCGUGUAGAGAUUCUUAACGAUAGUAGUCCCCCUCAGCCAGAGUCUGAUACCACGACGCCCUCACUCCAGCCUGCACAGGGAGAUGGACGUCCCUUUCCCUCAGAAUCCACCCCACAUGCGGUUUCUCACAGCUCCUCCUCUCCUCCUACCCUUCGUCCGGCACUUGACCUCUUUACUAUCACCUGCAUGCCAGUCAUCUCUACCAAGGACUGCAACAUCCUCUCCACCUUGACUUUCAACGGUAAUUCUACUUUCUCGAUAGAGGAGGUUGCAGCGAUUGCUUCGGUCGCUAGUGCCGCCGCCGAUGAACAGAGUCUCCUUGGCCACCAGUCUUCCUGGUAUGCUCGGAUGAUUUAUAGCAUUAUCCUGGAGACGCAGGCGGGGAACUACACCAAGGCGCCGCCUGAUAAACAUAUGGGAAAGCACAAAAUAGUCGACGAUGCAGCGUCGAAUAUCCUCAUACCCUCUUCUGAUGCUUCGAAACAGUUGACCCAAGCCUACCUUAAGAGAUGGCGCGAGUAUUUGGGGGACAUUGAUGAUAGGAAAAAGGUGAAGGAGGAGCCUAGUAUACCAAUGGCGGAAGCACCCCGACGAGAGGCAGAAGCAGAUAGGCGAGAGACCGAAAGGCUGAGACAAGAAAGUUUAGAGUUACAACUGAUGAUCGCAAGGGAGAAGGAGGAAACCAGAAGGUUGCGGAAGGAAAUUGAGGACUCUGAACGGGAGCUGGCAUUGUGUAGGGAACGGUCGUCCUCUUCGCGCCCUAGCGCGAUUUAAUGACAUCCGUUCUCUUCAAGUUUCCACCUAUCGCUUCGUUAUUUCACCGCAUAUUGUUGCUUUUGUUUCUGUCGAUCAUGUCGCUAUUCUGGUUGCUACGAUCCUUUUCUUGUAUGCUUUUUGUUGUGAUAGUAUCUGUGUAUGGACUUCUGGAUUCAUCUUUGCGAGCCCGAGUUCAUCUGCGUCCGCACCGGAUACUCCUGCGCGUACAUACCAACAGCCAAUCAUCUACACGGUCAGACCCGAAACUCAUUGUUAUAGAAAUUCCGCGAGUAUAUCUGAUCAAGCGGCCUGCCAGGCGAAUUCUUUGCUCAAACGCUCAAACCCGAUAGAGACCAAUACAUUCC